UUUAUUUUAGGAUUAAGAAGAGAGAAAUAUUAAUUAUUUACAGUUAAAAUGUGACACUUUUUAUUCAAAAAAGGGCAUAGCAAACCUUUUCUUUUAAAAAAUCUUAAGAGGGCUUAUUUUUUCUUUGUUCUUCUUCUCUUUUUUUUUUUUACUCAUUUAUCCAAAACAAGAAAAUUAUAAUAAAUUUUUUUCCUUUAUCUCCACUUUAAUUUUAGUAAUAAAUAUUUCUUUUCCCCUUUCCUCUCCAUUUUAUCCAUCAAACCAUUAAAGAAAUUAUAAUUCCCAAAGUUAAAAAAAAAAAAAAAAAUUUAUGUGCCAUUUCCUUGGUCGGUUGCUACUUUGCACUCUUCAAUAAACGACAAAACAUAUGACGUCGUUUUACAAACUCACGCUAGCUUGUACAAUAAGCAAAUUAUGGCUCUACAACUUCCAUUGCCACAAAAUAUUUAAACAUCAGAACAUUCCAAAAUAAAAAGAAACCGUUCCCUCUCAAAAUUAUCAUCUUUCUCUCUAGUGAGAUGCAAAGAUCGCCACUGCCACCAGCGAUGGUGUACCGUUCACCGACUACUAAUUCCUUCCUUUUAGGUUCAAAUAAUGGUCAACUUGAACGCCUUCAAGCACGAGCUGCUGCACGCGCCGCUGCUAUCCGCCGUAAAGCCACCACUUUUGCCUCUUCUCCUCCUCGUUCUCACGUUCCUUGUCUUAGUCAAGAUCAAAUUAUAGAGUUGUUUCAAAACUGUAUCAAGCUCGCCACUGAGAAUAAAAUAAAUCUGAAAAAUACAUGGGAAUUGAAGCUAAUAGAUCAUCUUAGUGAGAUUAUUGAAGUUGAAACAGGAGGAGGAGGUGAUACAGAGACUAAUUUCCAAAAGGCAAGUUUCACACUAGAAGCAGGAGUAAAAAUAUACUCUGUGAGGGUGGAUUCAUUGCACUCAGAGGCUUAUAAAUUGCUUGCUGAGAUCAAUCGAGCUGGUCUAGAAGAUGAACAAAAAGGUGAGAACGUUAGCAGGCAACAAGAUGAUAGUCAUAUUAAGAAGGAAUCUGAGAAAAAAAUUUCAUCAUUAUCAACAUUGGAAUUCUCGUUUGAAGCUCUAAAUGUGAAGAGGUUUGACUUUGCAUUUGCAGUGGAUCCUGUGUAUCAUCAGACAUCUGCCCAAUUUGAUGAAGGCAGGACCAAGGGCCUCCUUUUGAAUAAUCUUGGAGUAUAUGGAGGAUGCCGGGUGCUUUUUGAUUCUUUUGAAGUGCCAGGGAAGUGCAAAUUACAUUUACACCAGAAUGAUUUCUCAGAUAAGAUUGAUAUCUCAUUUGCCAAAGAAAUUAUUGAGCAGAUGGCGAUGAGCAUGCUAGAACAGAAUCAAAUUUCUCCAACUCUAAGUGAUAUCAUAUGUCAUUUUGAUGAACAUAAUCAAAGGUCAUCUGAUACAUUAGAUGUAGACAAGAAUUCUGAUGCAACAGCUGAUGGGUUUAAUAAUAGUGAAGUGGAAAUGGAUAAAAGUUCAUUUGGGAACUUUGAAGCAUGGACAUCUAAUCAUGAUGAUGAGACAAUCGAUUUUAAAGAGAGAUUCAGUUGUGAUUCUACUCUUCAAAGACAUUCUGUGGACAAUCACUCCAGUAUAUCAUUUGAAUCUGAUGUAUAUCAAAGUCUUGAGAAUGUCGCUAUGUUUUUGAUUCAAGGGUUGGGUAUUCCUUCAAAGAAAAAUAUAUGGGUAGGUCCUGAUCACUGGAAAUUCCGGAAGUACAAUAGUAUAGAACAUACUCUUGUUGCAGAAGGUGGAUCCGCAUUCACUACUAAGAGACAGAAGAACAAAAAUCAAGCAGAGAUGGAUACUGAUUUCAGGAUAUCAUUGAACACAGAAAGGGUUGAUAUCCUUGCUCCCCCUAAAAGUCUAAAGUCUUUACUACUACCAGCAAACCGAGCACCAUUUACCAACACAUUACCAGAAGAUUGCCAUUAUCAACCUGAGAAUUUUGUGAAGUUGUUUCUUCUUCCUAAUGUCAUGUUUCUGGAAAAGAAAAGAAGGGAAAUUUUAGAUAAUAUAUUAUGGAAACGAAGGAAUGUUUUUGGUGAAGCAUUGCCAUCAUGGGACAAUGAGAGUAUUGUUAGUGGUCAACAUAAUGAUGAAUAUAUUCAAGGUGGGGUUGAUGCUGAUGAACUUGUUUCUAAGCCUCGCCAGGUGGAUAAAACUGAAGUUCAGUAUGACAAAACUUCUAAACAAGUUGAUGUACAGGCAUUGAAAGAAAUACUUUGGGAUCACAUACAAGAAUCUAUUGAAGUGCCGGAAACAGUUUGCAAAGACAUGGUGUCUUUCAAAGAUGUCUUGGCCACGUUUUCUGCUGAUUGCAAAGCUACAACUGCAGAGGAUGUUUCACCACACUUGUGCUUCAUUUGCCUUUUGCAUUUAGCCAAUGAGCAUGGUUUAAGCAUCCAGGAUUACCCGAGUUUGGAUGAUCUCAGCAUACAUCUUCCUCCCUUGGGGCAGAAUGUAGAUGGGGUGGAGCAGUUUUCAUCAUAGUCAAAGAUCCUUUGUAAGUUUCAAAAGCCUUCUCCAAGCCAAUACUAGAUCAUGACAGAAAGCAUCCUGUUCCUGUUUCCACAGCUCAAGAUCAUCAUCAAUCAUCCUCACCUGAGCAGGCUAAAGUUUCUAAGACUAGGGUUGUCGAAAAAUCUGCGUCUGA